UCCGUUUGUGCGUGUGGGUCAUUGAUGUGGGUGUGUAGGGGCAGCCUGGUCAGCAGGCAAGUCAGUGGCUGAUACAACAGCGCUCCUCGCCUAUGUUUGAACUUCAUGCCUGAACAUAUUACAGAUGUAUAUGCUUUCUAGCGCGGAGCUCUGUCAUGCGAAUCCCCUGGUACGCCCACGCACAGCGCAUGCACGCUCGUUCACUCCUAAGACGACACCGAAUCCGUGACUCUCUCCAGUUGAGCUGGUGACGCUGUUCGCUCUCUGGCGGUAGAACGGGGAUGUUUGGCAUUUGUACCGAUUUGUGCUUGCGCGGUGCGUCUUCUGUGAGAUGAACGGAUGGAGAGGACCAGUGACCAAACAUGCCUACAGUCCUCCGCGGCACGGGAAAACUUUCCAUCGUGUGUUCACUGAUUCGUUGCGCAUCUCAGGUCACAGGAAGUGAGCGUAACGGCUGUUCCAAAGAUAUUCUAGGGGACAUGACCCAUUCCUGGCCAUCCCAGCAACCCUCAGGAGGGAGUCAGGGCCAGCGCUUCCUCUAUAACCCUAAGGAAGCAAAGCAGCACACAACUCAGCAAACUUGGGAGAAUGUGCAGCAGCUGAGGAUGACCCAGCCUCACGUGGCGCCUCACAAAUCCAUGCUCGCUGAUGACUUGAAGCUCAGCAGUGACGAGGAGGAUGCUGACAAGGACCCUGAGCAGUCAGCCUCCUGGACUGGUAACAAUAGUCUGUCGGAGCAGCACACACACACACAUGGUGGGAGGGUGAGACAGUCAUGCUCAGACUCUUCAGGCUCAGACUCUUCAGGCUCCAGUGAGUCAGAGGAGGAGGAGGAGGAGGAGGAGGAGGAGGAGGAGAGCAGUAGCCAGCGCCUUCGUAGCCCCAGCCCAGAAACACACUCCGAUCCUGGGACACCCACCGACGCUCAGUCCCUCGGCUGCACCGAGGAGACAGAUCACCCCCUCAUCACUCAGUGGCAGCUGGAUAAGUGGCUGAAGAAAGUCCGAAAAAAAUCCUCCUCCUGGGAUUCCAGCAACCGUGACCACACCCAGAGAGCUACAGAACACAGCUCGCCCUCCCCAGAUCCCCACAGAGCCCCGUCUCCAGCCAGAUCCUGGGGGACCAGAGAGGAUUACAGCCCCGGCCAGAGCCCUGUUCCCAGCCCACACUUCAACUACAGCCCCAGGCAUAGCCCUCGGCCUAGCCCUCGGCCUAGCCCUGGCUACAGCCGCUGUCCCAGUCCUUGCCACAGCCCAAGACACAGCCCCAUCCUUAGCCCGGUCCCCAGUGUCUGUCCGAGCCCCUGCCUCAGCCCCAGAGCCAGCCGCGACCCUAGCCCCAUACCCCGACACCCCCCUAAGAGUCCUAGUCCCAGCCUUACUCAGUCUAGCUCCCGUCCCUAUCCUCAGGUUCGGAGUCUUCAUCAGGAAAGCUUCAGGCCUCUCACGCGGCCUAGCUUAACAUCCAGCCCAAGCCAUAGACCCAAAAUCAGGAUCGCACCUGCUCCCAGCUUUGAGUCCAAGAGCAAACUGAGGCACAGUUCCUCUCCCCAGCCUCCACUUCAGCACGGCUCCAGGCCUAAACCCAAACAGAGCAAGUCUGUUCCCACUCCCAAGAACACAGCCAAGGCAGCCCCUGCUCUGAGCACUGAGCCGAGCCACAGACCCAGACCUAGUCCCAACUCCAGUCCCAGGCUUCAUUCUCAGCCUCGGUUGAAACACAACCCCAUCCUAGCACUCAAAACCAGCCAACAACUAACAACCUCUGGACAAAGGCCCAAGGAGAGUAGCAGACUCAGCCACAAUUCCAACUCCAAACCCAGGCCCAAGUUUGGGCCUAGUUUGAUAACCAGCCUCAGUACCAGUCCCUGUCCCACACCCAGGGCCAAGAUUUUACCUCCCGCAGACCCUAGCAGAGAGACCAGCAGCAGAGUUGGUCACAGUUCCAAAUCGAGUCCCAAGCCACAUUCUCGGCUGAUCUCCAAAGCUGGUUCUGGGCCUAGCUCUAGAUCCAGCCCCAGUCCUAUACCCAAAGUCAAGUCCCGGGAGAACCCUGCUCCCCACCCAAAGCCUCCACAGAGGAAGUCCCAAUCCAGGGAGAGAGAACGGGAGGUGGACAACCGGAGAGAGACCCAGGCAGCAGACAGGAAGGCAGACAGGCAGGCAGAGGGAAGGGGGCGGGGUAAUGUAGAGAGACAGGGAGAGAGGCCAGGGGAGAAACAGGGAGAGAGAAGACUGGCAGAGGAUAAGUUGCUAAGACGCCCCUGGGUCCAGAGUUCAGAGGAGGAAGAGGACGUAGAGGAGAGAAAGAGGAGGAGGGAGGAGGGAGAGAAGGAGGAGAAGAGAAGGAGGAGGAAGGAGCAGCAGCAGCAGAGAGGUGAAUGGCAGGCGGUCCAGCCCAAGCAGAGACCUCACACCAACAGCGAGCGACACCGCAAUCCCAUUGAUCCACAACGCCACGGGACCAAGAAAAAGAGGAGGAGGAAGAGUGAGGAGGAAGAGGGAGAGUCUCAGCCGGACCCUUCCCUUCCGCCGUCGCCCUCCUCCCCCACACCGGUCAUCCCUCCCACAGAUUCCUCUUCUUCAUCAUCUUCCUCAUCAGAGUCCGACUCGGAGCCCAGUCUGCCUCCCAACGUCGCCAAAGUCCCAGCCGACUCCACGUCCAGCCAGCGUCCUAUCCAGGAGAGGGCACCAGGCCCCGGGAGGCCUUCAGACAUCAGGCCAGGAGUGCUCUACCCCACUGCCACAUCCAACCAAGACCACGGGCCGCAGAGCCAGACAAAGCAGAAACUCUACACCUUGGUCCCGUUUGGGCGUAGUGAGCAAGCCCCAUCCUCGCAUCGAGGCCUGAGGAAUCUGGUGGUGCAGUUAAACCUCUCCCUGCUCAGCAGAGUGCCUGAUACUACAACAGACACCCCGGCCUCUCACAAACACCCCUCCUCUUCCUCUUCCAAGCAAAAAGAGGCCAUGAGACACCUGUACACCCCAGAGACAGAGGGAGGAGACAGCAGGAGGAAACGGAAGUCAGAGAAUGGAAUCCAGCACCACAGAGAGAGUAAACGGAGUAACCCCCACACAGAGCCUACAGCUAACAGAGAGAGUAAACGGAGUAACCCCCACACCAAUGGCCCCUCAGCCCACACAGAGAGUAAACGGAGUAACCCCCACACAGAGCCUACAGCUAACAGAGAGAGUAAACGGAGUAACCCCCACACAGAGCCUACAGCUAACAGAUGUCUAGACCCCCACACAGAGUCUACAGCUAACAGAGAGAGUAAACGGAGUAACUCCCACACCAAUGGCCCCUCAGCCCACACAGAGAGUAAACGGAGUAACCCCCACACAGAGCCUACAGCUAACAGAGAGAGUAAACGGAGUAACCCCCACACAGAGCCUACAGCUAACAGAUGUCUAGACCCCCACACAGAGUCUACAGCUAACAGAUGUCUAGACCCCCACACAGAGUCUACAGCUAACAGAUGUCUAGACCCCCACACAGAUGCCAGACACAACAGGUUCUUGGAGGACUACCUAGACAGUAAGAGGCCACUGUCCCCCCUGUCCCCUCUCUCUGACACCCCGGACCCCACCAAGCCUCCCAUCAAAACACAGCCCCCAGUGCAGCACUACACAAACAGUGAGGUGCCCAGGUCCCAUGCUAAGAUGGAGGUGGAGUGUGUAGGUGUGUCAGGGAAGCCCCCGCACAUGUGUGAAUCCUGGGGACCUCCUUUACAACGGGCAGGGAGCCAGAGAGGAACUGUACUCAACCAUGAACCCCCACACCAUGCUGAGUACUACAUGCAUGAGGCCAAGAGAAUGAAGCACCGUGCAGAUGCCAUGGUGGAUAAGUUGGGGAAGGCAGUGAACUAUGUGGAUGCUGCUCUCUCCUUCAUGGAGUGUGGCAAAGCUAUGGAGGAGGGACCACUGGAGGACAAGUCACCCUAUACCAUGUACACAGAGACGGUAGAGCUCAUCAGGUAUGCCAUGAGGCUGAAGAACCACUCUGGUCCUGGGGCCAGACAGGAAGACAAACAGUUGGCCGUACUGUGUUUCCGGUGCCUUGCUCUCCUGUACUGGCAGAUGUUUCGUCUGAAGAAGGACCAAGCCAUGAAGUACUCCAAAGUUCUAGUGGACUACUUUAAGAGUUCUCCCAAAGUGCCUACUACACCCCCCAUCUGGAGCGUCUCAGGAACGGGCACAGGGGGGCCUCCCUCCUCUCUCUCCCCCAGCCCCUCGGCCCUCCCCCUGGGCAGCUCCCCCUCUUCCCUCAUCAACAUUCCCCUGCGUAUCCACCAGAUGGCAGCAAACCACCUGAACAUCACCAACAAUGUCCUAUACAGCUAUGAGUACUGGGAGCUAGCAGAAAGCCUGGUCAGAGACAACAAUGAGUUCUUUAACUACCUGAAUACACUGUCAGGGCCAUUGACUCUCCACAGUAGCAUUGCUCAUGCAGUCCAGUACACCAGACAGGGUCUGCAGUGGAUCCGCAUCAGUGCCAGUGUGGGCUAGUGGCAGGAGGGAGAGAGGGACACAACCAGUGGGAUUAUAAGUGGAGGAUUCAACCUGCAGUCCAGUACACCAGACAGGGUCUGCAGUGGAUCCGCAUCAGUGCCAGUGUGGGCUAGUGGCAGGAGGGAGAGAGGGACACAACCAGUGGGAUUAUAAGUGGAGGAUUCAACCUGCAGUCCACGUCGCCAGGAUUAUUAUCACGCUUCAAUUCUCAGCACGUACCGUAAAUGAGUGAUUGGAUUUAUACACCGUGGUGACGCUUUACCUUGUGCUUUAUCUUGAUUAGGGGAAGGUGUUGUUAUUCCUACAUUCAGGCAGAGCGAACUGUCUUGGUAUCUCUUUCCUCUUCCUGUUCGGAUUGUCAGUGCAGAUCUACAAAGUGCCACAUGGAUUUAAAGACUUUAAACUUGCUGCUUUGCCAAAUGUGCCACAUGUGAUGAUGAAACAAACACAGAAACUGUCUAACAAGGACAUUUUAAGAGAAACAUGGCUCAGUGCACCAGCGAGGACUUUAUGAUUCUUCUACUGUACAAAACAUAGACUGUAAAAGAUCCAGAGACCUGGACUACAUUUCUGAAUACAAUGCAUUCAACCACAGUAAAACUCUAACUGGCCUCUGUUGCAAAAAGCCACUGUGGUAACCAGUGACCAUUUCCUCACAAGUCCAUUCCUGUCCACUGGGCAUAGACGCCAGUUCAAUGUCUAGUUUUGAUUUACGUUUGGUUGAGUUGUCUACUAACGUGAAUUCAACGUGAAUAAACAAAAAAUGUCAUCAUGUUAUUGGAUUUAGGUUGGAAAAAAGACCAAAUUCCCUUGCGUUGAUUACUUUUUACAAAUCCAAUCAGUUUUCCAUGUUGAUUCAACGUCAUCACAUUGAUUGUUUUUGUUAAAAUGACGUGGAUGCAACAUUCAUUCAACCAGUUUGUGCCCAGUGGGAAGAGACCUGGACUGCAUUUCUGGACUACAUUUCCCAUGAGCCUUUACAGGACAAAUGGAUUCAUCUGGGGAAAGGUGAAGUUGGGAUUUUGAGUUUUCCUUUGGAUUUUCAGACCACUCAUCCCAAAGGGUAGAUGAAGCUACCGCUAGCUUUGCUUUAUGUUUUAUGACUCCACUAUGUGAUAGCCUUUUUAAGGACAUUUUGAGAUACCUUUCACUUCUUUAUGUGCACUGUGUGUGUCAGACCAUUCAUUUUUACAAAAAUACCAAAACUAGAGCAUUUAGAUGUCGUUUUUCUGGCCAGCAUUCAUGUUCCUGUCUUUGCAAAAUUAUUAUUUAUAACACCGUCUAAUGUGGUUAUCAAAAGUUACAUACCAAAAUGUGUUUCAUAAAUGUCUUUUCGAUAUUGCAAUUUGUA